UCCCGCGCUCUCGCGAGGCUUGCCGCGCGGCCCAGCUCGGUCCGCCGCCGGCCGCGAUGGCGUCCGACUCCGACGCUGAGGAGCUCUUCUACGACGCGGCCGAGGACGUCGCCCAGCACGGAGGGACCCCGUCGCCGUCACCGACCAAAGUCAUUGGGCCGUCAGUACUGAAGGAGCCGGGCGGAGGUUCUCUGGUGGCCGACUAUGAAGGAAAAAGUCUGGACAUCAAGCAAGAUGACCCCAAAGAGAUCAUCGACAAUAUCAUAGAGGAAAGCCAGAAAGCCCAUCAGCUUGAGGACGACCCCUUGGCUCCUCCAAAAAAGGACCCAACUGGUCCCUCGCCACACACAAAUGCUUGGAUUUCUGGAGCAGAUCUCCUCCAUCACAUUCCUGGACUCUUAAUCGCAGAAGCCGCAUCGCAAGGACCCCAUGAAGCGCCUGCAGGUCUGGCCAACGGGGUGGCGUCCCAGGAGGCCUUGCCGCCUCCCAGCAGCGAGGGGGCAGAUCGCCCCAAAGGGGACGAUGCCGCUAUCUCCCUGGGAAGCCCAGGCGAGAGCCGAGGGCCGAAAGCAGCAGGAGGAGACCAGCCGGAGGAGGAGAGCGACGAAACCGCCGACCUGAGGCAGGCGGAUGGAUUCGGCCAGGCGCCGUCCUCGGAUCUCUCGCUUCCCCAAGGCUUCUCAGCCGCCGAUGAGGUGCCUCCGGCCAAGCCACCCCGACAGCUCACCGCGGAGCCAGACAUCGUCGCCAGCACGAAGAAAUCCGGCCCGGCCCGGCCUCCCCCUCCCACGGCACUCCCGCCCCCCAGGCCCCCGCCCCCAGCCCGGCCUGCCCCCCCACCAAGGAAGAAGAAAAGCGACUCGGAAAUGGAUACCAGCAAAAUUCCUGGCCUGGAAGUUCCGCGGGAACCUUUUUCCCUGAGUGGCCUCUUGACGCCCAAUGCCUCCCUGGACUCCCUAGCCAGAGACUCCCAGCCCUCCCUGGACUUGGCGAGUGCCACGAGCGGCGACAAAAUUGUCACUGCUCAGGAAAAUGGGAAAUCGGCAGAUGGCCAGGUGGUGUUGAGCGAAGUGAUCGGGCCCCAGAGACCCAGAUCAAACUCCGGCAGAGAACUCACCGACGAGGAGAUCUUGGCAAGCGUCAUGAUCAAGAACCUGGACACGGGAGAGGAGAUACCCCUGAGCUUGGCUGAGGAAAAACUGCCCACAGGCAUCAAUCCCCUGACAUUGCACAUCAUGCGGCGGACAAAGGAAUACGUCAGUAACGACGGGGCCCAGUCGGACGAUGAAGACAAAAUGCAGCUGCAGCAGAGUGACACCGAUGGGGGCCGCCUGAAGCAGAAAACGACGCAGCUGAAAAAAUUCUUGGGCAAAUCGGUCAAGCGGGCGCGGCACCUGGCCGAGGAGUACGGGGAGCGUGCCGUCAACAAAGUGAAGAGCGUCCGAGACGAAGUCUUCCACACUGAUCAAGACGACCCCUCGUCGAGCGACGACGAAGGGAUGCCCUACACCCGGCCGGUGAAGUUCAAGGCUGCGCACGGCUUCAAGGGGCCGUACGACUUCGAGCAAGUGAAAGUCGUGCAGGAUCUCAGUGGGGAGCACAUGGGGGCCGUCUGGACCAUGAAGUUUUCGCACUGCGGCCGGCUGCUCGCCUCUGCGGGCCAGGACAACCUCGUGCGGAUUUGGGUGCUGAAGACGGCUUUUGACUACUUCAACAAUAUGCGGAUGAAGUACAACACCGAAGGCCGUGUGUCCCCCUCCCCAUCUCAAGAGAGUCUGAACUCAGCCAAGUCGGAUAACGAUGCGGGGGUUUGUAGUGGGACUGACGAGGACCCCGAUGACAAGAGCACACCGUUUCGGCAACGGCCAUUCUGCAAAUAUAAAGGGCACACGGCGGAUCUCCUGGAUUUAUCCUGGUCUAAAAAUUACUUCCUGCUUUCUUCAUCCAUGGAUAAGACGGUCCGGCUCUGGCAUAUAUCCCGGCGGGAAUGCCUGUGCUGUUUUCAACACAUUGAUUUUGUCACUGCAAUUGCCUUCCAUCCCAGGGAUGACAGAUACUUCUUAAGCGGCUCACUGGAUGGCAAGCUUCGGCUCUGGAACAUUCCUGACAAAAAGGUGGCACUCUGGAAUGAAGUGGACGGGCAGACCAAGCUGAUUACAGCCGCAAACUUUUGCCAGAACGGCAAAUACGCUGUGAUCGGCACCUACGACGGCCGAUGUAUCUUCUAUGACACGGAGCAUCUGAAGUAUCACACCCAGAUCCACGUGCGGUCGACUAGAGGACGGAAUCGAGUUGGGAGGAAGAUCACUGGGAUCGAGCCCUUGCCGGGAGAAAACAAGAUCCUCGUGACCUCCAACGACUCGCGGAUCCGGCUCUACGAUCUGCGGGACUUGUCCCUUUCAAUGAAGUACAAGGGCUACGUGAAUAGCAGCAGCCAAAUCAAAGCCAGCUUCAGCCACGACUUCACGUAUGUUGUCAGCGGCUCGGAAGACAAGUACGUUUACAUCUGGAGCACCUACCAUGACCUGAGCAAAUUCUCCUCUGUCAGGAGGGAUCGCAAUGACUUCUGGGAGGGGGUCAAAGCGCACAACGCCGUGGUCACCUCAGCCAUUUUCGCCCCGAACCCCAGCCUGAUGGUAUCCCCCGAAACAGCCGAGAAACCCCCGGCUGAAAGCAAAAGCGACGAUUCCGUGUCUGCAGACCCCAUUCCUUCUGGAGCCUUGAAGGCGGACCACGCAGAGGUGCUCCUCUCGGCUGACUUUACUGGAGCCAUCAAAGUCUUUAUCAACAAAAAGAAAAAUCUGUCUUGAGUCAUCAGUAACUCAGUAGCAUUGUGAUAAUGGUACCUGGGUGUGAAUCACGUGCUUGGGGAAGCAGAGCAUAAUCUAGCGCUGGUGGCCGGCUUCUUUUUAAAUUAUCUCCUUGAAAGCUGCUCUGCUGGACCUCCCAAACAAGCAGCAUCUGAACUCCCCCCCCCCCGCUUCCCUGCCCCCCCUGCCCCGCUUUUAGGUUAGAAAGGGGAGGGCGCCAGCAGCGAAAAAGGAGAACAAGCCUUGUGACUUCUGAAUAAUUCUGCUGCUAAACGAUGCACCGGAUGCCGGAUUCCGCACAAAAAGGACAAUGAGAUAUUUACGCGCGGAGGUGCUCCUUCGGGGUCUCCCAUGAUCAAUUAUGUGUAGGAGAAGGUUUAGUCGAUGGAGUGGUGCCCAAGCAGGGGUAGGAGUGCAAUUCUUUGCAGAUGCACAAAGUAAACACCAUCGCUGCCCAGAAUCCCCUCCCCAGCAAAGCUGGUCUGUUUUUUGAUUUCUCUUAACCGAGCUGCAUUUCUGGCCCAAUCCCUUUUGUUCCGUGAGAUUCUUUUUGACCUCCGACCCCCCGGCCCCGAGACGGAUUAGCAGCAACCUCGUAUCAGUGUUUUAUAAUGUGGACUUCUGUGGUCUUCUCACUGUCGUGCACUCUGGAUUCUGUUCUUUUCCUUUUUUUGCACACGGGAGCACAAUAUUUCUACAAAAGAGUUUCUCAUUCCUGACUCCCAGGCACAGGGAUACUUUAAAGCAACUUAAGCUGCAUUAGGAACAAUUCUUCUGUUUUACAAUGAUGUAAAAUAAACUGUUUACAUAUUUUUAAAAUAAUUGUAGUUUUAAGUUUUGUUCGUUUGUUUUUGUUUUUGUUACCCUGUUUAGAGUUAAAACCGAAUUAAAAGGCUUUGUAAAUAUUUGUAAAAUAAUACCAAUGAUGCAACCAUUUGCCGGGUCGAAAUCCGCAAAAAGUUGUUGAUGGUGGCAGCUGCUUAAGAGAACCAAGGAUGUGUCAUUAAAAAUGAGAAAAAUG